AUGCCUUUGGGUUUGGACAAGCUUGAUUUUGCCGUUCUCUGUUCUUUGGCUUUGGCCGUUUUGGCUUAUUUUUCGAAGUCUAAAAUCCAGGAACUUCUGUCAUCAGAUGACGCUAUAAAGGUCAAUUCUGACUCUAGGGACGUUGUACAGGUGCUCCGAGAAAAUAACAAAAAUUAUUUGGUCUUGUACGGUUCUCAAACUGGUACUGCCGAAGACUAUGCUAAGAAAUUCGGUAAAGAAAUGGCUGCGAAGUUUUCGCUGAAUGUAAUGUGCGCCGAUGUGGAAAAUUAUGAUCUUGAGAAUUUAAAUGAUUUGCCCUCUAACGUAAUCGUGUCGCUCUUCAUUUCGACCUAUGGUGAAGGUGAUUUUCCCGACGGAGCCAUUCCUUUCGAAGAUUUUUUGACAGCCAGAGAAAGUGGCGACCUGAGCAACGUCAAGUAUACGUUGUUUGGGUUAGGUAACUCAACUUACGAGUUUUUCAACGGAGCAGCGAAAAGAGUCGAAAAAUAUAUGAACGAAGCGGGCGCUACUCGCGUGGGUCCCUUCGGUGAAGCUGAUGACGGUGCGGGCACCACUGACGAGGACUUUUUGACGUGGAAGGACUCCGUGAUGGAAGAAUUGAAAGAUCAGCUAGGUCUGGACGAGCACGAACAAGUUUUCGAGCCAAGCUUCGAGUAUAAACAGAUUUCCCAAGGCGUGUCUAAUGAGAUUUCCCUGGGAGAGCCAACUGCGCAGUAUAUGCCAAACAACAAGAUUGAAUUUAGUCCUGAGGGGAAACAAGUCGGUCCAUUUGAUGCAACUCACCCUUACGUUGCCCCCAUUACGGCGACCCGUGAACUCUUCUCCUCGGGCGACCGUAACUGUAUUCAUGCAGAAUUCGAUCUGUCGGGCUCGAAUAUCAAAUACACCACCGGUGAUCAUCUCGCUAUCUGGCCAUCGAACCCAGACGAAAAAAUUGCUAAAUUCUUGGAAUGUUUUGAUUUAGAUGCCGACACCGUGUUCAGCCUUGUUCCAAGGGACAGCACGGUAAAACUUCCGUUCCCUGUCCCUACCACAAUAGGAGCAGCGGUGAGACACUACUUAGAAAUCACGGGACCCGUGUCCAGACAGUUCAUUGCAUCUUUGGUGCAGUUUGCGCCGAAAGAAGACCUCAAGGUCGAGUUGACGGAAUUGUCGAGAGACAGAGACUUUUUUGCUAAAGAGGUCACCGUCAAGUAUCUGGAUCUAGCAGAUGCUUUGUUGCAUAUUUCCCACGGUGCGAAAUGGGGGUCCGUACCUUGGAAUUUUUUAGUUGAGUCUGUUCCUCGUUUGCAACCUCGUUACUAUUCCAUUUCUUCGUCGUCUCUGACUGAAAAGCAAGUGGUCCACGUAACUGCCGUGGUGGAAAAUUUCCCAAACCCGUCUUUGGAUGAUCACCAACCAGUGACAGGUGUCACGACCAAUUUGUUGAGAAACCUGCAAUUGGCGCAGAAUAAGGAAGACAUUCAAAAGACCACUUUGCCUGUACACUUCUCAUUGGAAGGUCCACGCGGUCUGUUCAAGGGCUACAAACUCCCAGUUCACGUUAGACGUUCUACUUUCCGUCUACCAAGCAAUACAAAUACUCCUGUAAUCAUGAUAGGACCGGGCACAGGUGUAGCACCUUUCAGAGGAUUUGUUCGUGAAAGAGUAAAACUACUCGAGAAGCAACCAAACACGACUCUCGGGAAACACCUACUGUUCUACGGGUCGCGUAACACUAGUGAUUUCUUGUAUCAAGAAGAAUGGCCCGAUUACAGCAAAAAACUAGGUGAUUCUUUUGAAAUGAUCGUGGCUCAUUCCAGACUCGAGAACAAGUCCAAAGUUUACGUUCAGGACAAGCUCAUCGAAAGAAAGGACGAAAUUUACGAUCUCGUGAAAAACAAAGGAGCUUUCAUCUACGUCUGCGGCGAUGCUAAGGGAAUGGCCCAAUCGGUUCAUGCUGCGUUUGUCAAGAUUUUAAGCGAAGGAAGCGAGAUUUCUACAGACGAUGCUACUGCUAUCUUAAAAGCCAUGAAACCUGGUGGCAGAUAUCAAGAAGAUGUGUGGUGA